AUGGCCACAGACAAUGAUACAGCAGUGUUUGAGUAUCUCCUUACUGGCAUUUCCAAUUAUCCUGAGUUGAAUGGCAUGUUUUUCACAUUGGUGCUAAUAACUUAAUUCGACACUUUGUUGGGAAAUGAACAUAUCAUCUUUCUGAUCCACUUUGACCCCCACCUCCGCACUCCGAUGUAUUUUUUCCUUAAUCGCCUGUCUUUCUUAGACCUUUGCUAUGGAAUGACCUCCAUGCCCCAGGUCUUGGUGCAUUGUUUUUCCACCAAUCCCUACCUCUCUUAUUCAAAAUAUUAGACCCAAAUGAGUGUCUCCCUGGUUUUGGCCACAGCAGAGUGUUUUCUACUGGCCGUCAUGGCCUACGACCGUGUGGUUGCUAUCAGCAGCCCACUGCGCUCUUCAGUGCUCAUGAAUGGCCCAGUUUGUGUCUGGUUGGCUGCUACUUCAUGGGGGGCAUCACUUGUGCUCACUGCAAUGCUUGUUUUAUCUCUAAGGCUUCGUUUCUGGGAGGCUAAUGUCAUCAAUCAUUUUGUCUACGAUUCUCUCAUUAAGCUGGCUUGUUCUGACACCCGCCUCAAUGAGCUUAUGAUCCUCAUCACUGGCAUUUUCAUGCUCCUACCCUUUGCGUUUGUUCUCCUCUCCUGUAUCCGAAUGUUGAGGAGUCGCUCACCUGAGGGCAGACUCAAGGCCUUUUCCACAUACAUGAAGCCUCAGUCCAAGUCCUCCUCUAACCAGGACAAGUUUAUUUCAGUAUUUUAUGGAGCCUUGACACCCAUGCUGAACCCCCUGAUAUACAGCCUAAGGAACAAAGAUGUUAAAGAGGCAAUGAGGAAAGUUAUGGCUAGAAGGGCAUAA